UCUGCUGUGUCGUCACUGAUAACAAGUCGUAUCGCUGUACUCUCUCACCAUGUCGGAAGCCGUAGUAACCGAGACCGCUCCUGCGCCUUCACCUAAGAAGAAGAUUGCACGCCGUAAAUCUCCAAAGACUAAACCCAACCACCCAAAGAUUUCACAAAUGAUCAACGCAGCCAUCGUAGAGCUGAAAGAUCGAGGAGGCUCGUCGUUGCAAGCCAUCAAGAAAUACAUCGCAUCGACUUACCAAGUGGAUGUGGAGAAACUGGCACCUUUCAUCAAGAAGCAUCUGAAGCUGGCCGUAAGUGAUGGCUCUCUUAUACAAACUAAGGGAAAGGGUGCUAGCGGUUCGUUUAAAAUAUCCGUUUCUGGCAAGAAGAGCGAAGCCAAACACGCUCCCAAGAUCAAAAUCGUGGCUAAGAAAGUGGUCAAACCGAAACCCAAGUUGGAGAAGAGCAAAAAAGUGGCCAAACCGAAAACCAAAGUUGUUGCCAAAGUCAAAAAGGUGAGCAAAGUCAAAGCUAAGAAGAACCCGGUUAAGGCUAAGGCACCCAAACCCAAAAAAGCCAUGAAGAAAGGCAGCAAGUCGAGUAAAAAGGCACCGAAGCAGUCGAAGACUGUCUAAAAAUUGACAUUUCUAAAUUGUAAAUAGCAUUUUUUUUUGGUGUUUAAAUGUGUAUCUCGAGAUUACAAUUCAUCUUUUAGUAUCCAUUCGUAAAGACAAUUCUCAUCUGUAAAAACUCAUUUUGUCUCGUGUUUGUAUGUGGUGUACAGUAUUUUGUAAUCAUUAUUCACAAAACAAUGUAAAUAAAACGUUGUUUAAUCGAA